GUUCAAUGUUUAUUUUAUGUUGCCGAAAGCGGCGUUGAAUCACACAAAUACAUUGCUAGCACGACUCAAACGAGUUGCAUAAUCAGCGUAGACGUCUAGUUCAUUCUUCGAAUCGUAAAAACAAACACAGUGUUUGCGGAGUGAGAAAGAUGUUGCGGACGAUCGGAUUGCGCACGGUCGGAUUGACACGCGGGGUGCCAAACUUUUGCCGUACGAUGUCUUCCACCGAUACCAGUUUGGUGCUUACGGACGAGGUCGGUAGCAAGGGAGUGAUAACGCUUAACCGGCCAAAGGCGCUGAACGCGAUCAAUCUGGAAAUGGUGCAGCUGAUCUAUGGUGCCAUGCGGCGUUGGGAGAACAAUAAGCAUCUGGUCAUCAUAAAGUCGGUCGGAGAGAAGGCUUUCUGCGCGGGUGGCGAUGUACGUGCCAUCACGGAAACCGGCGGAGCAGAGCUGGCGAAGAAAUUUUUCACGACCGAGUACCGCGUGAACGCGCUGAUCGGUAGCUACCGUCCGACGUACGUUGCCUUCAUCGACGGAAUCACGAUGGGUGGCGGUGUGGGUUUAUCCGUGCACGGAAAGUAUCGCAUCGCGACGGAACGCACAAUGUUCGCCAUGCCGGAAACGGCAAUUGGACUGUUUCCCGACGUUGGCGGUGGCUACUUCUUGCCGCGGCUCGAGGGAAAGUUGGGUCUUUACCUCGGAUUGACCGGGUUUCGGCUGAAGGGUCGCGACGUACAUAAGGCGGGCGUAGCGACUCACUACGUCGAGAGCAAGAAUCUUCCGGCCCUUGAGCAGCAGUUGCUGGCGAGCACGAGCAACGACGAGGUGGAGAGCGUUUUGGAACGAUUCUCCGAGAAGAAAGAUGCCGGUGUGGAGUUUGUUCUGCAGAAGCAAUUGAAACAAAUCAACGAAUGCUUCGGUGCACCAACGGUUGAGGGCAUCUUUGCGAAGCUUGAACAGGAUGGCAGCGAGUGGGCCCAGAAUACGCUGAAGGUGUUACAUAAAAUGUCCCCAACGUCGCUGAUGGUCACGCAGAAGCAGUUGGAACUGGGCGGUAAGAUGGACCUGAAGACGUGCCUGCGGAUGGAGUACCGUUUGGCGGUCCACCAUGCGAUCGAUAGCGAUUUUAAGGAGGGCGUUCGGGCGAUGCUUGUCGAUCGGGAUCAGAAGCCACGUUGGAAUCCGGCCACGUUGGCGGAGGUGGAUCCAUCGAGGGUUGAAAAAUUCUUCGGACCAUUGCCGGACGGCGCCGAACUAGUUUUUGAAGAUGAUGAUCCGAAAGCCAACCUCUAGAUUUGGUGCAAUUUUUCCCCUUUUUGGAGACGCCAAACAAAGAAAGUGCAUUUACUAGAAAUUAAGAAUGUUUAUGUACCACAGCAAAGCUGUGGGAAAUUCCACGUAAGCAGCGAAAUUGCGCUUGCUUUUCCUGAUUAAAUUUCCAAUUAAAUUCCGAAAUAAAAAUAUUAUACAUAUAUUCUUAUAAAUGAAUUAUUUUUUUCGGAUACUACGGGUUGCGGUCAACGUGCUCCGGGAGGGAUAAAAACUGUUUCGUAAAAAUGGUUCCUUUCUGUUUAUGUUUUUUUCAUUCUUCAAUCUUUU